AUGAUCGACAUUGGAGGUAACCGGUAAGGUUAAGCAAAUCCCCUCCAGUUGGAGUCCCCACCCACUUCUACAACCCAUCGGAUCUAAAAAUUUCUUCGAUCUUCAUCGUCAUCCCUUUUGAUCAAUUCAAAACCCUUUUGAUUUUCAUUUAAAUUCUCACUCAAUUUCGAUUUUUCACUAUUUCUUUUCCAAUAAACCCUAGACGCAGGUUAAGAAUCACCUCGUGAUUCCCACGUCGAUAUCUCACACUUGUUUAAAUUUCUGAUUGUGGGAUUAUAGUAAUUUGGGGUUUCUUGCUCUUGAUCGGAUCAGAUCGUAGGGUUUCCAAGAAAAAAAACAGGUGACAAUGUUUUCGCGUAUGUUUGGGAAGCCUAAGCAAGAAACGAACGCUGUAACAACGUUAGACAAAUUAAACGAGACGCUUGAGAUGUUAGAGAAGAAAGAAAAGGUACUUCUGAAGAAAGCUGCUGCAGAGGUUGAAAAGGCAAAAGAAUUUACCAGGGCAAAAAAUAAAAGGGCGGCAAUACAGUGUUUAAAGCGAAAACGACUUUAUGAACAGCAAAUUGAACAGCUUGGCAAUUUUCAAUUGCGCAUUCAUGAUCAGAUGAUAAUGCUUGAAGGUGCAAAAGCUACCACAGAGACGGUGGAUGCUUUGAGAACUGGAGCUCAAGCAAUGAAGGCAAUGCAAAAGGCAGUGAAUAUUGAUGAUGUCGACAAAACAAUGGAUGAGAUAAAUGAGCAAACGGAGAACAUGAAACAAAUUCAGGAAGCAUUGUCAGCACCUAUUGGUGCAGCUGCUGAUUUUGAUGAGGAUGAGUUGGAGGCUGAACUUGAAGAGUUAGAAGGAGCUGAGUUGGAGGAACAGCUUCUACAGCCUGCCACAACUGCCCCUGCAGCUCCAGUGCAUGUGCCUGCUGGAAGACAACCAACACGUCCAGCUCCUAGGAAGAACACAGCUGAGGAAGAUGAGCUUGCUGCAUUGCAGGCAGAAAUGGCACUUUAAAGGUUACGCACUCUUUCAGGUUCAAUUCAAUUCCCAGCUGGAAGAUCCUGUAAAGAUCGGAGGUAUGACAUAUGGUGAUAGGUUUGAUCCGUUAAAAAUUUAUUGACAUCAACAUGAAUUGUUUGUGUGGAAAAGGAUUAAAGUGUUCAUGUGUUGGUGUAUGCUAUAUGGGUACGAUGUUGAUGUUGAUUAUUUGAGAAAUUUGUCUUCAAUUAUAGAAAGUCGAAUACUAUCGUUAUUAACAAUGUAAUAUGCGACAGAUUGUUUUCGAGUAAAAUGUUCAGGAGUUGCAAAAAAGGUGUCAC